CAGCUGGAGUGAAACAGCGGAAGCGACCUCGACCACCGCUAGUUAGCAGCCUGCUAGCCGUUUUUUCUCUGUUAUUUUCUUACCUGUGUGUCUCGUGGCAUAUGCAGAGAGAUGUGGUUUAUUUAUUUACUCAGCUGGUUAUCCUUGGUGAUUCAGAUAUCCUUCGUCACUCUAGCUAUAGCUGCUGGCCUGUAUUACUUGGCUGAACUAAUUGAAGAAUAUACAGUAGCCACCAGUCGAAUAAUAAAGUAUAUGAUACUGUUUUCGACAGGUGUGCUGGCUGCUCUCUAUGUUUUUGAAGGAUUUCCAGUGUUAAUGGUGGGAGUGGGCCUCUUCACGAACCUAGUGUAUUUUGGCCUUCUGCAGACGUUCCCCUUCAUCCUGCUGAGCUCCCCAAACUUCAUCCUCUCCUGUGUGUUGGUGGUAGUGAAUCAUUACAUGGCCUUCCAGUACUUUGCACAAGAGUAUUAUCCAUUCUCAGAGGUGCUGGCAUACUUUACCAUUUGCCUCUGGGUGAUCCCAUUUGCCUUCUUUGUGUCACUGUCAGCGGGCGAAAAUGUCCUUCCCUCCACCAUGCAGCAAGGAGAUGACGUGGUGUCUAAUUAUUUUACCAAGGGCAAACGGGGUAAGAGGUCUGGGAUCCUUCUUGUGUUUUCUUUCCUGAAGGAGGCAGUGCUGCCCAGCCGACAGAAAAUGUUCUGAGGUGCUCAGACUCGGGGUGCAGCCUCGGGGGCUCGGAGUUUAACUGCGUGCAUGGGUCGGAGAUGAAGGGGCACUAUGGGAGAAAGUGGGAAUUGAUUGUGGACGGGACUGAAACGAAGCAGAGGCCAAAAGGGGAGGAAGGCACACAAAGGAAGGACCAAUGAACAGAACAGAGCUUCCAAGUGGACAGGCUGGCGAGUUUACACGGACUAUGUUCAUCCUUGUUUGUACUGACUGCCAACAACACUUACUAGAGACCUCAUUGUGGGGAGGUCUUGUCUGUAGCGCAAUGUUUUCAUAUUGUUGAAAUUCAUUUUUUUAAGCUUUAGUAUUCAAUUAUGUAUAAGUGGGGUUUGGAAUUAACAACCAACAAAUCUGACAUCUUUUGCUUGGGCAGAUGAAUCAUCAGCUUUCUUCCUGAGGAGGCAUCUUCUGUCAUUUGUAUGUUGUAGGGCACACGCUUUAUCUGAUUUAAUACACUACCAUCAAAACCAGAUAAAGAGGUGAAAGAAAACCCUUAAAAAUAUUUUCUCUUAAUAAGUAAGAUGGGUAGGGAUAAGUGAGUAAGCUUAAAAUACAAAAAAACUGAAUACAAUGGUAAACUGUGUAAUUAGCAAGUGAUUUGCUUACAAAAUUCCACAGGUCACCAUGCAAAUGCUUAUUAGGAUAAAUGAGAAACGUCUGUCAGUGAAGCUGUAAGGAAUGUAUAGAGCAGUCUUAUUCUAAUUACAACGUGUGACUAGAUAAAAAUACCCUCUGCCCUGCAGUAUCACAUGGCUCAGAAGGAGAUAUAUGUGGGCACUUUUUAACCCUUAAACUGAAGUGAGCAGCAAGGGAUCUCUUGUACCCUGGAUAAUCAACAUUGAGCUACUUAAAACAAAAAUAAACUUCACCAAGUGCAAUAUUUUGGAUAAUCUUCAUCACAUUCAUUAUUCAUUAGCUCUGCAGAGCGACUGCUUGCCUGUCUUUUUUUUGGACAAUUUGUAAAAAAUUCAUAUUUAUGACGAAUUGAUUUUUGUACACCGAUUCAAUAGUAAAUUCAAAAGCAAAUGUAAAAACUUCUGAAAAUCUAAAUGUGCAUCUUUUUUUUUAAAGAUUCAUGGUGUUGGGGUACGAACACUGCUCAAAAAAGUUUCCUUAAAGAGAGAUUUGAGAGGCUGACUUUUAUUUCCUUUCUUUUUUUUUUUUUUACCAAUAAGUGUGAUUCAUCGUAGGCUGGUAUGCACACAACUGUGAAAUAAAAGGUUUUGUUGGA